ACCACGCGCCAUUCUCUUGUAAAAACGAAGGUGGUAUCCCAGUCGUGUAUUCGUGUGCUUUUCCUUUGAGAAUGCCGCGCAUCCAAGUUCUGAUAAACGUAAAUUGAAAACAGGUGUCGGAAUGUGAGACCAGGGCGGUCGAUAGAAGCCGUUUCGGAAAAGAGGCACACAGCGCAAUGCAAUGCCUUCUCCGGUUCCCCCCACUCGUUUUCUCCCCAACGACAUUUUCCCCUCCGUGGACAUCGGGACUUGCAGCAGCCCUUUAAUCAAACCCUCGUUUGGCUCCACAUUACAGGUCCCGAGCCAGCGACUCCAGGGUAAAGUGACCCGCCGCCCGUGGUCCUCUGUCAUCUACUGGAAGGAGCUCCACUGCGUCCAGACCGUCGGCUCCGGGGGCUUCGGCUCCGUCUACAAGGCAAAAUACCUCGGGCAGACCGUCGCUUUGAAAAAAGUCAAGAAGUGCGCCAAAAACGAACUGGCUUCUCGCCAGAGCUUCUGGGCCGAACUGAACGCCGCUCACCUUCGCCAUCGGAACAUCGUGCGGAUCAUCGCGGCCACGACUUGCAUGCCGAGCGACUUUGGAGACGAAAGCAGCAUCGGGGCCAUCCUGAUGGAAUAUGUCGGAAGCAGAAAUCUCCAGCAGCUGAUUUACGGCUGCGCGGAGGAGACCCUGGAGCCCGGUUGGUGGCUCGGUCACUCUCUGGACAUUGCGCGCGGUUUACAUUUUCUUCACUCCCAUCUGAUCGCUCACCUGGACAUAAAACCGGCCAACGUGAUGGUGUCCAGUGAAGGCGUGUGCAAGAUCGCAGACUUUGGCUGCUCUGUUCAACUGGAGAGCAAGCGUCAGGCUUCGGAUGUCGUUCCGUUGAGUCGCGCCGGUGGCACGUACACGCACACGGCGCCGGAAUUGCUCAAGGGCGAAGAAGUCUCUACAAAAUCGGAUAUCUUCUCGUUUGGGAUUACCCUCUGGCAACUGAUGACAAGAGAGCAGCCCUACGCGGGGGACAGGCAGCAUGUCCUCUACGCCGUGGUCGCUCACCAUCUUCGACCCAAAGUUGAGCAUCAUGCCGCCUUCCAGUCGGAGCCCGGGAGGCUCUGCAAGACUUUGCUCAGCAGAUGUUGGGCUGCGCAGGCCUCGACCAGAUUCAGUGCCGAAGAGCUGAUCGCGCAACUGGAGAAUCUGCGUACAAAUAUCUGACUCGGGAAGAUUUGACAAGUAUUUUGCUUUGCCGUAUUUUAUUGUCUCGUUACCGACUGAGGGGGUUGCGCCAAGUGCUUUAAAACGAAGACACUUCAUUGUGGCUUUCUUGGAGAUCUUUUUGUAAAGCUCCCCCGCUGGAAACAAAAAGCAUUUAAAUGUGUCAUUUUAAAUGUGUGCCUGUCAUUUUUCAACGUGCCUUAUUCCUGUGAAAUCAUUUUUCAUUCCUACCUCGUAACACCGAAACUUAUCAGGGCUUGUUACCCUGUGUGCGUUUUAACCCAAUGUCUUAAUCUUUCAGUGUUAUGUGUUUGUGAUGUUGACAUUUUACCGACUUACUUUCAUUAAAUUGAUUUCACAAUAUUA